AUAGCGUCACUGCAAAUGGAGACAAAGUCUGGCGCGGGGAUUAAUGAUCAUUGGAUGAAAAGUAUGAUGGAACCGGCCGGCAGCGAGAAACAGGUACAGAACGAUAAUAGAUCAUCUGUGAAGCGCGAGAAAAUGGCAGAGGCGUACAACGGACAAGACAAUAACAUGCCUUACGAGAUAAAGCAACAGAACGAGGGGAGGUAUCGCUGUGAUGUCUGUGAUUUAGCGUUCGAGGGCAUGGAGUAUUUGAUGUUGCAUAAAAAAUUUCACGGGAACGAUAAAGAUACGCCGACGAUCGAACCCGAGCCCCCGGUCGUAAAGGAGGGCCCGAAGAAGCGUCGUAAGUUUAAAUGUGACCAGUGCGAUGUGAAAGUUAACUCGCAGUACCAUCUCGACAUCCACCGCAGCAAGCACGAAGGUAACGCCUCCAAAAAGUACAUAUGUCAGGUAUGCGACCGUAGUUUUGUGGCAGCUCAGUUUCUCAAAUCUCACAUGCAGUCCCACUCCGCGACGAGUACGAUAAACUGCGAGAUAUGCAAUAAAAAUUUCACUGGCCAAGCGUAUUUGAAACUUCAUAUGCAAUUACACAACGAUAUAAAAAAGUUUAAGUGUUCGAAAUGCGAUGAGAUGUUCCCCACCAAGAAUUGCCUCAAAAUUCAUAUGAAAAAACAUACUAAAGUAAAAAAUUUCAAAUGUGAUUUCUGUCAAAAGUUGUUCGUAUCUAGAAUUACAAUGGAGAAGCAUCGUCAGACUCACGAAGGUCAACCUAUUGACUGUCAUGUAAAAUGCACGCAGUGUGAGAGAACACUGCACUCAUCCUUAUUACGUACUCACAUUGCUAGAGCCCAUCCUUCGACGAUCGAUGAUGACGUCAAACGUCCACACAAAUGUUCGACGUGUGGCAAAAGCUUUAUUGUGAAAAUUAAUCUGAAUUUACACAUAAGGGUGUGUCACCCGGACCUUGCUGAGCCAGAAGAUGAUGAUGAAGAUGUCAUGACAGACAAUUCUUAGUUUUAGGCCUAGAAAUGUUCUAUCAUGUAUUAUUAAUGGAUAAUUAUACUUUUUUAUGCUAACAAUAA